AUGUGCACCGUGAUUAAGUUGCCCGCUUGCAAUGACGUUAAUGAUGAUGACAAACUGGCGCUAGAUAGGCCAAAGGACAGAUGCUCCUGGUUCAGACGCUUGACCCGUAUUAUAAUAAUGAUUCUUGGCUUUGGGCUGACUAUCUACGUCUGCGUAUUAUCCUCGGAGCGUUACUUCAAAUACUGGGUUCAGACCACAAUCGACCGAACCGACGUUCACGUCUCGGAGAUUGCUUUUCCAGCCAUCACCAUUUGCCCCACCCACGUAACUCCGAUGGCGCACAGCACUCGCAGAGAGCAGCGCCUUAGUAUGCUCUAUAAUCUGGUGCAGAGCUUUCGUUGGCGCAUCUCUCCUCCUAACCAUUUAAAUCAGUUAAACAUUAACGAAUUCGAAGAAUUUCAGAACCAAACAUUGCUUAACGUGGAUAGCAUCUUAGACCUCGGCUACAGCUGCAAGGACUUGUUCUUGGAAUGCACGUGGCGCCGUCAGGAAGUGGAUUGCUGCAGCUUGCUAUUCCGUAAGCUAAAGAUCGGCUCCUGCUAUGUAUUCAACUCGAUCAUUGCCGAAAAUGCCGAUCCCACUUGGCCAUGGUCUGUAGCCGAUGCAGGUUUCAAGAGUGCACUAAACAUCAAGGUUCAUCGGAUUGUACAAGGCAUCAGGCUGACGGCCAUAGGGGUAAUCGUGCAAGAGCCGGGUCAGUAUGUGGGCUCCAGUGUGACAUACUCCACAGACGAUCGCAUUGUGGUCGGACUGCAGCCGCAGCACUUUACAGCCGACCCAGGUGCUCGGGCACGCCCGGUGAACAUGCGUUACUGUUACUUCAGGGACGAGCUGACGCAGUCCUUUUCUGAGUGCAUAGUUAGAUGCCAUCUAAGCUACAUAGCGAAGAAGUGUGAGUGUGAUCAUAAGCUAAUUCCAUCAACAAACCCUCUGAAUGAGAAGCCUCUGCGCCUGUGCACAGUUGCGGAUUUGACGUGCAUACAGCAGAACGGAGUUUCUCUCUUUUACAUGGGCAACAUAAUUGAGGAGUCCAAAGACAAUGUCUUCAAUACUACCUACUGCGAAUGCUAUCCCACCUGUGACCACACUCAGUAUCAUGCAGCUACGUUCACGGAUCGCCUUAGCGGCUCCGACAGCAGAAGCGAUCACAUUGAAGUCGACGUCUACUUUCAGGAGGAGACCCUUUUCUCGUAUCGCUCCACGCUGCACAUAACAAUGCUUGACUUGAUGGUUUCAUAUGGUGGCAUAGCUGGCUUGUUUUUGGGUCUGUCUGUGCUCGGAGCCAUAAACUUCGUAUUGGAUCGCAUUAUUAUCUGCAGCAAACCCACACCCCAACCCAUUAAACCUGAUCCAGAAAACAAAAAAGUCUUACGUUUUUUUACCUGUAAUCAAAACACAUGAUCCAAUAGCCGGCAUGAGCAGAACAAAAUAAAUUGAGAA